AUGUCCACAACACUUACAAUAACCCCGAGCGCACAGCUCACCAACACCAUCAAGGCUGAGAGGCGUGAGGCCGUUGAGCGCCAUGGCUACCUCUUCGGUCAAAAGAUCACGCACUCCCUUUCUCCCUUCCUUCACGGCACAAUCUACAACGAGAUUGGCCUGAACUGGGAGCAGACACGGCUCGACUCGGCCGACAUCCCCAUGUUCCUCGAGCUCAUCAAAGACGCCAACUUUUACGGCGCCUCCGUCACCAUGCCCAACAAGGUGGCCAUCAUCCCGCACCUGGACGAGCUGACCGAAGAGUGCCGCGACGUCGGCGCCUGCAACACGCUCUUCAUCCGCCACCGCCCCGACGGCUCUCGCAUCUACUGCGGCACAAACACCGACGUCGUCGGCGUGCGCGAGUCGUUCUACCAGAACGUCGCAGACCCCGACGCCGUCUUCCACCACCGUCCCGCCGUCGUCGUCGGCGGCGGCGGCGCCGCCCGGUCCGCCGUCUAUGCUCUGCGCAAGUGGAUGAAGGUCACCGACAUCUACCUCGUCAACCGCGACGACGCCGAGGUCCAGGCCGUCAUCCAAGAGUGCACCGCCCGCGGCUACGGCCAGGGCCUCCGCCACGUCAAGGACGCGGCCGAGGUCGCCGCGCUCGAGAGCGUCGGCGCCAUCGUCGCCUGCGUGCCCAACUUUACGCCCCAGACUGCCGAGGAGAAGGCGGCGCGGGCCGUCAUCGAGGCGUUCCUCGGCAAGGAGACAAAGGGCGCCAUGCUCGAGAUGUGCUACAACCCUACCCCCUUCACCGAGCUGGGCGCGCUGGCGGAGGACGCCGGGUGGCAGGUCAUCCUCGGCACCGAGGCCAUGAUCUGGCAGGGCCUCGAGCAGGACCGGUACUGGACUGGCCGGGAGCUCGACCAGCUGCCGGUCAAGAAGGUGCAGGAGGCUAUCGCGUCACGACUGGCGCAGGCGUCAAAGUUGUAA